AUGAAAGGCGAGAGCAAGAGUUUCCAUCUUUGCGCCUCGCCCUCUGGUUUUCCUUAUGCUCCGCCCAGGCCAUUUGCCAUUAAUAUUCGCCCUAAUAGCCGAGCGUCUACACUUGCGAUUCACUUCUAGUUCAGUGGAUCUUCUUCCAAUUUCCGGUCAAGAUUUGUGGACCGGGAGGUUUUGAAAAGUUUUUAGAAAAAAGACAUUACAGGUUGUGAUGAUAUUGGAAUUAUCGCUCUCAAAAUUAUUUGUAUCGUAUUUGAGUCAACAUUCGGUUUGUUCCGUUUUUUGAAAAAUGUGACAAUAUUAUGCAGAAUAUCAGAAUGCUUCAAAAUAGCGAGACACAGAAGCUUAUCACAAGUCAAUUUAAACUCUUUUCAUAUCCGGGGAAAACUCCUCAAAAUUCGCAAACAACGGAGGUGAGAAGAAUUAAAAAGAGAGAAGGACUAGCGGUUGUUAUCUCGUGGGCAAGACACGAGGUGGUUCGCUACUCGGUUUGCCUUUAAAAAGGCACCUCAUCUUCAUUUCGUCUGCCUGUGUUUAUCAGUCUAUUCAUCAAAAACCGAUAGCUUCUGGUGUCUCAAUUUUUCUUCUUGCACUUAUUUCUCAUCCGAUACCGUAUCAUGAAUGAGUCGCAAGUGUUUGCUUCUUGCUUUUUUCAAUGUUUUUCACAGGAUCCCUCUAAAACAUCAUACUACGGUUGACUACAGGCUGUUACAGCUUGAAAGUGAACUUGAGCUGUUUCUAUGGACAACUUCAAUAUCUUCAUAUUCUAUUUUAAAUUUUCCGAUCCAAACAAUCCGUUCCUUGCAAUUAAUCAAUUGAUCAAAAAAAUUCAAAAAGCUUAUCAAAUAUGAUUUAUAAAUUCAAAAUAACCAUAACUCUGAAAACAGAUUAUAGCACAUAUAUUUUUGAUACAUGUGAACCUUGUUAUUCAGAGUAACUAAGUAAUUUUUUUGAACAACUCUUACAGUUAUUCUCCAAAAAGAGCCAACGCGCGAAGGGAAGGCCUUUCCUCUGCUCCAUUGACACUAAUUGACAAAAGAAGGGGUGGCAUAUCAUGGAACAAGUCAUUCGAGUGCCUUUGAGCCGACUUUUCGUAGCCUCGCGUCGCCGGGGACAUUUUUCAUUUACUUACCGCCGCAUUUCAUUUGGAGUUUCGGCUUGCUUAUCGGCUAAAGCGGCUUUUGCUCUCUUCGCACCCCGUCAAGUCAAGCUGCUUUUAAGCCUCACUUCUGAAUCCAUCGACAUGGUUUUCUCAAUUCGUAGCAGCUUGCAAAUGUCAAAUUGUUUGAAUGAAAGCAUUCUGAUAGAUAAAAAGAAAAAAAGCUAUUAUAAGCACCGUUACCACUGAGAGCUGAGCCCCGAGUGAAAAAAAAGCCAUUUUUCUUACGGUAGGCAAAACAUCAAAUUUGAAAGGGGGUGGUCAGGUAUUAAUGUCAAAAAUAAGUAAGAAUCAGCGAAUAUUGAAUCAUCAAUUAAGAUUUAUUUUUUCCUACUAAUUACAGUAGGUUAGCUCCGAAUGUACGCUAUCAAAUUGAUUACAGUAUGAAACGUUGCCAUAUUAAGACGGCCGUAGGAAUUGGAAAGUUUUUUUCACAGUUAGAUCAACAAAUAAUAAUCGAUGCAAAUUUAAUAACUUAAUCCAAUGUUCCACUUUUUAAGGGGAUAGAUUCCUCCAAUCAUCUUCGUGUGUUUCAAUCUGAGUUAUAUAAAACCUGAAGGAAUUUUGGAGUGAAAAAGAAAUUUUUUUUGUUAAACAAAAACUCCGGAAGUAUGACAUUUUAUCAAGUUGUAUUGAAAGUUUCCAACGUUUGACAACUGCACACCGAUUUUUCAUUUUCCCGCCGGCCAGUCUUGCACCCUCCUCCACGCUCUUCCAAAGCGCAAUUCUCGUUUUUCGGUUUGUUUGGCUAACUCGGUCCUUUUUUGUUGUGACCGACUUUCUUUGCCUCCUGCUCGUUUUUAUCAUGUUUUACACACUCUACCCGUGUUCAUUUGAUUUUUUCCUUGAGCAAGUGGCCUUUCAGGACGAAAGUGCUCUCACGAGCGUGUGGUUAUGGUAGAUGAAGAUCGGAAAACGGGAACGAGGUUAGCUUUCUUGAAUGCUCGUGACUUUUUUCUGCUUGCAGGGUGUUUAAAAAGACAAGCCCUAAUGGGAAAAUAACAACUUACCUGGGAAAACGAGAUUUCAUCGAUCGAGGUGAUUAUGUUGAUCUCAUCGGUUAGUUAAUUUUCAUAAGUAUACAACAAAAAAAAAUUUUAAGACGGCAUGGUUUUGGUCGAUGACGAGUACAUCAAAGAAGGCAAAAAGGUUUUUUUGGUCUGCAGUUUUUCAAAAAAAGCUCGGCAUUUCUAUUAGAAUUUCUCUAAUUAAUGAAAACGGUUUUUUUGAAAUUUUAUUCUUUCUUAGAUAACGGCUCAUCUACUCGCCGCAUUUCGCUACGGCCGGGAAGAUUUAGACGUGUUGGGCCUAACGUUCCGAAAGGAUUUGAUAUCGCAACAAUAUCAGGUGAGGGCUGCUCUUUUUAUUUUCCGAGACUUAUUGAGAAUUGAAGGUUUAUCCGCCGGAUCCAAAUGCGCCAGACCGGCAACUCACGCGUUUGCAAGAGCGACUCAAGAGGAAACUCGGCGUUAACGCUUUUCCGUUUUGGUUCGAAGUUCCUCCAAAGAGCGCCAGUAGCGUGACUUUGCAAGUGGGCAACGCUUCAAUUCAGUUUUCAUUAUCCAUAAGAAAUCUGAGAAAAUUUACUUUUUGCAAUUAAGAUAGGAAGCCAAUUUUUUUUUCUGACUGACCACAACCUAGACGUAUUUACCCAACGGAAAAGGAAUGGCUGAUGUUUUUUUUUUUGUUCAGCCAGCUCCAGGAGACACGGGAAAACCAUGCGGCGUCGAUUACGAGCUCAAAACUAUCGUUGGAAGCAUGGAGGCGUGUAAUGAGAAGCCGAAAAAAACAGUUUGA